CUUUGCUGUGUGUCUGUGCAUUAUAAUUGUUUGGAGAGGUAUUCCGUUACCGUCGAUCUGCUGCUUUAAUCUGUCGAAAUCCACCACUUAGAGAGAUAGGGUCAGUUUUUUGGUGGGUGGGAUGCGGGUCCUGUUUCGUCAAUCGUCACUGUGUGGACCCAGUGGCGUCAUUCCUACCCAGUCUUAUAAAACUGUCAACGCCUUUCUCUCACCUGGAUUGACACACACCAGCCCAAAAACGGCAAGGCGGGGUGGGGGGGCUCCUUUUGGCCACAGAAAGCGGGACUGUCCGAGCGAAAGUACGCACCUUCCUCGAGCACAUCCACGGGAAUGCUCCCCAUCUGAUCGUUUCGACUAUAAGAAGCUCCCUCGCAUUUAUUCUUUUAUGACUUUGGCAAAUUACUCUUACUUCUCUGGCAUGUGCAACAUGACCGCGGAGCCCUCGCCCGCAGAGGCAAGCCCCGACGUCAUGUCUCCAAACGUGAGCCUGGACUCGCCGCUGCCUCCGCCGCCCCUGAUGCUGCAGGCGCGGCCCAAGGACGGCAUCCUGAUCAAGUCCGAGCCCCAGGGGAGCAGCCCCGGCGCGGAGGACGGGGCCGCGGUGGGCCACGCCGAGGACCACCUGCCCACGGGCAGCCGCCGCAGGAAGAGGCCGGUCCAGAGGGGGAAACCUCCCUACAGCUACAUCGCUCUCAUCGCCAUGGCCAUCGCCAACUCCCCGGAGAGGAAGCUCACCCUGGGGGGCAUCUACAAGUUCAUCAUGGAGCGAUUCCCUUUCUACAGGGAGAACUCCAAGAAGUGGCAGAACUCCAUCCGCCACAAUCUGACCCUCAACGACUGCUUCGUGAAGAUCCCCAGGGAGCCGGGCAGGCCGGGUAAGGGCAACUACUGGACCCUGGACCCUGCAGCGGAGGACAUGUUUGACAACGGCAGCUUUUUAAGAAGGAGGAAAAGGUUCAAGCGCACUGACGUGAGCACCUAUCCCGGCUACAUGCAGAGUUCCAGCGCCUUCACCCCGACGCCCAUGGGGAGGUCGUCGUACCCCAACGCGCUUUACGCCGGGAUCGGGUCCGGCUAUGGCUCCCAGCUUACAGCCGCGUCCCCGCAUCCAGCUAUGAUGCAUCACUACCAGAGCCCCCCGGGGGUCGGCCAGGUGCAGCCGCGCAUGUUCAGCAUCGACAACAUCAUCAGCCAGCAGACCGUGGUGCAGGGCGGCCCGGCCGGAGAACUGAGCGGCCAGGCUCUGGGAUUGAGCUGCGGUGACCUGGGCGCCAUGACCUCCAGCUGCUCCGUCACCAGCACAGACCCGUCCGGGUGUUUCCAGGGCCAGACCGCGAACCCCGCGGCGAACAUGCUGGGCAGAAACAGCGGGAACCUGACCUCCAAUCUGCCCGCGGGGUACCCGUACUCCUCCGCCUCGGCCUCUCCUCCGAACCUGCCCUCCAUGAGCCAGUCCGGGUUCUCGCCCGGCGGCUCUCAGGUGUACUGUUCGGGCAACAGGCUCUCCCUGCCGGCGCUGCGCCACGGCUCCUGCGCAGAGCACACGGAGCAGCUCCUGGGCCUGCCGAACCCCAUCAACUCCUACAACAACAGCUACAUGAGACAGGGCAACUUUACAACAGGAUUAGAGCGCUACAUGUGAGACGAGAUGCUCUUGGUCAAAAAGAACAUUUACAGGAGGCCGUGGCAACGUAGCUGGGAGGACUCUAAAACAAACAUUCCCAUUUAAAGGGUGCAAAGCCAUUUAUAUUCGUUUGAAACAUUCCAGCUCUAUAUUUUUUUUAAAAGGUUAGCCUAGAGAUUGUUUCACACUGUUUUCAUAAUUCAUGUUUUACAGUUUUGUUAUUUAGAAUUUUUUUCUGGUGUUUUUUUUUUGUGUGUAAAUAGUUUGAUGUAGCUCAAGGUUUUACGACAAAAACGUGUAUUAUAUUGUGAGCAACCAAUCGUUGGAAAUAAAUGAGUUUUUUAAUGAAA